GACUUGUCCUCCCGGAGGCCCAUCUAUGGCAACUUCGGCGUCUUAAAACUGCACAGACCCCCAGGUGGACUAAACCGAGGACUUGAUGACAGGGAGGUAAUAUUUGGACUCUUUUAGAGGGGGCGCGCUAUUUCCGUGCGGCGAGUGGAGAUGUCCGAGGAAAAUUUGGGGGAAGAGUCGAGCAGCUCCCCGGUCUCCCCUGUGGAUAGCCUGAGCAACAGCGAGGGGGAGGCGGACACGCAGCCCAAAAGAAGCGCGAGGAAGCGGAGGCCGAGCAGGAAACACGCCGCCGACGACUCGGACAGCCCGAUUCCGACGGGGGGCAAACGGGGCAAGAAGUCGAGCAGCAGCGGCAGUCCGCAGUCUCUCGAGGAGCUCCAGAGCCAGCGAGUCAUGGCCAACGUGCGGGAGCGACAGAGGACCCAGUCGCUCAACGAGGCGUUCGCGGCCCUGCGCAAGAUCAUCCCCACGCUGCCCUCGGACAAGCUGAGCAAAAUACAGACGCUCAAACUGGCCGCCAGGUACAUCGACUUCCUGUGCCAGGUGCUGCAGAGUGACGAGCUGGACGCCAAGAUGUCCAGCUGCAGCUACGUGGCCCACGAAAGGCUCAGCUACGCCUUCUCCGUAUGGAGGAUGGAGGGCGCCUGGUCCAUGUCCACAUCUCACUAGCACCCGGACGGCUCGAGCCCAACAUGGUGACUGCUGAUUCUAAACUUCUCACAUUCUGAUGGGAUAUAUCUGGAGUCCAAUGCUGGAUACAUCGGAUCACUAUUUAAAGCAUAGACCACGGAGGUGCUGCAGGAUAUUUUUUUUGUUUGUUUGUUUUUGCAGCCCCCUCACACCCUCUACUCGGAUGACGUUGUAUUUACAUGUUGUUGACGACGAAUGUUGAAUAUAUCACGGCUGAUGCCUGUUAAGAAGAGUUGCUUUUACUAAACGUAUUGGGAUUGAUUUCUGCCACGGUGGAGCAAGGCAAUGUAACUUGUGUGUGGCGUGUGUGUGUGUGUGUGUGUGUGUGUGUGUGUGUGUGUGUGUGUGUGUGUGUGUGUGUGUGUGUGUGGGUGUGGUUUGUUGUGUGUGUGUGUGUGUGUGUGUGUGUGUGUGUGUGUGUGUGUAGUUCUCUACUGGUGGUGUAGCCCACAUUAUAAGGCUGUUUUUGUGGAUCAAACCUGUGCAAAAAAUAUUUUCCAGAAAACAUUUAUUUAUUUAUUGGUAUUACAUUUAGGAAUACAUCCUGUGUCUGAAAUAUAAAUACAUUCCUAUUUUUAUUAUCACUUUUGUAAAUGUAUAUUUUUUUUGCAAUAAAGAAAACGAGAACAUUUUUGCCUUCU